AUGACGCAGCUCGCCAGGUACACGUGCCCGUGCCCUCCUUCAUCGAGCCUGUGCGGUACUGCCGGAGGCAUUCUCCUGUCUACCCAGACCUUCCUUAAGGCCGGGGGCAACUUCCUUCUCUUCGGCUCAACAGAUUACACGCUUGUCAAAGAAGAAAACACCGUGACACCAAAUAUGCAGUUCCCAAACGCCGCAAAUGUUAAAACAUGA